AAUAAGUUCAGUUACAUUUAAACAAUUAUAAUUAAUUAAUAGAAAUCAAGGAAUUAUUACAAGAUUUACCACUCUUGUAAACAUGUGGAAGUACAUGGGUUUAUAAGAAAAAGAAAAAAAAGAAAUAGAAAGGUUGCUUGUGCAGCAAUUCUUCCAAAGUUUCUAUAAAUACUGCUCUAGUCUUUCUCAGUCUCAUCAUAUUCUCUCAUACUCAGAUACUCAAACACACAAUUCUUCUUCCUUUUUCUCCAAGUUUCUCAACUUUCCAAACACCUCCUUCUUCAAUUGCAAUGGCUUCGUCCAGGAAGAUAAUCCUCAAGAGUGCCGAUAAUAAGCUUUUCGAGAUCGGCGGAAACGCAGCAAUGCUGUCUCAAACCAUCAAGAACUUGAUCGAAGACAUCGGCGAAAGCAACGAUCCAAUUCCGCUGCAUAAUGUGAGCUCAACAAUUCUGUUAAAGAUCAUCCAGUACUGCAACAAACAUGUUGAGGAAGAGAAUAAGGCUGAGUCCGAAACACCGAAUAAUGAUGAUCUCAAGCAAUGGGAUGCUGACUUUCUCAAAGUUGACGAGAACAUCCUCUUUGAUCUCGUUCUUGCUGCUAAUUACAUGGAAAUCAAGAGUUUGCUGGAUUUAACUAGUCACCGUCCUGCUGACAUGAUCAAGGAAAUGACACCUGAGGAGAUAAGGAUGAAAUUCAACAUUAAGAACGAUUACACACCCGAAGAUGAGGAAAAAGUUCGCAAGGAGAACCAGUGGGCUUUCGAGUAAACUCAAAUAGCAAUGGUCAUUUACCAGUCCCAAACUGUGUUUCUGAAUAGUUUAAUUUCCCUGAUGCAUCUGUUUACUUAGUGCUGUAGUGUUGUUGUAGUGCUGUAGCACAAACUAUGUUCACUGCUUUAUCAGUUUAUCGUAUUUAGUUUCAAUCAUUUGAAGU